CGUUUCAGCGUUCAAUUCUAGCUCAUCCCCAGAAGACCUCUUGAACAACAAAUUUCCCUUUGAGCUCUGAAGUUUUCAUCCAGCAUUGUUAGACUCUAUGAGAGUGGUACAGAAGCCUGUUUUGCCCGAGGUCAUUUGGUCCACAUAAGAUGAAUACCAAAACACCAUCUACCGAGCUACAGUAUCCAUUUGAUGGAGGUGCUCAUCUACACUGAAUACCCUGGCCCAAGGAAGCCGACACAUUAUUUCACAUUAUUUGGUGUUUUGAUCGGUAAGGCCGAUGGCUUCUCAACGGUGGCCAUGAAAAACAAGCAGAAUUUUAUUCAAAUGUUAAGCAAGUAUCCGAGGGUUAAGCGGGUUGUGGCACAAUGGACACGGAAGCAAGCUGAUGACUAAUCGAAGAUAUGAUUGCUUAUGUGGAAAGCGGCGGUAAAAUCGUACACACGAUUAGCAUCACCGUUGCUGUCGGUGACGAUAAUUCCGUAUGAAAGCCCAUGACAUCUACAUGAGCCGAAAUCCAAAUCUACACAAAGAUGUGGGGAAUGACGGCCAUAAAUGAGCUGCUAGGGAAAAGUUUUGUUAUUUCUAUUUGUUAUUUAAUUUGUUGCUUUUUAUCAUGCGCUUCUUGGUUGUGAUACCACUUUCCAUGAAUACGGGUAGGAAGGGGGCAUCGCUCAAGAAGCUUGUCUCCUCACCCUACAUCCGCGCACAGGCAGCUGCUAACAGGACAGAGCUAAAAGAGUAACAAAAUCCAAACUUCAGCAGCAGCCAUGUUCCACAGUUCCAAGUUUCAGUAUUCUUUCAAGUCAACCAAUGGAAAGGCGAUAGAAAAACGGUCUGAAGUCUGAGCCUAGAAGGUGGUCAACGACAGGGUGAACCCUUAACAGAUCUUGAGAGAACUCCAGGACUGCAGCACGUUUAGUGCUCCUGCCGCAUGAACAAUCUAGCGUGUUCUCCCUACGGCCAAUGCAAAGGGUCAUCGUAUAAUUAUAUCCUCUCAAUCGAAGACACGGAUUCCAUGGAUUAAAUAUGUACCCACGGAUUUGGUUGGGAGAAAGCCACCAAUAUUUUGUUGGAAAACCGCGCAAAUCCAAACGCAGCCAACAAAAACGACGCAACACCGCUGCACUAUGCGUGCAGGCGCGGUAGCAGGGAAGUGGUUGCCUUGCUCUUGGAGGCUCUCGAUCGGCCCGAUAUCGAGGCUCGUAAUAAGCUGUUUAUGACGCCUUUACACGUCGCUGCCAUUCAGGGAGACCUGGAGGUCUUCUCGAUGCUUGUCGAAAAAGGAGCAAACUAUAAGGCAGUCGGGACCGACGAUUCGACGUUAAUUCACUUGGCUGUGACGGCAGGCAACACAGAAAUCGCUAAGGCUAUUCUACAAAUAGCCGUUGAUAGCUCAGAUCAAAAAUUCUUCGUGGAUUCCAUGGAUGUGGAAGGAAACACGGCUUUACAUGUCUGUGCAGCCACGAACAAUAUGGAGAUGGCCGAUAUUUUGCUGAGUCACGGUGCCCAGGUUGAUGCCAUGAAGGAAGACCUCUCGACUCCUCUCCAUGUAGCAUGCAAAAAGGGAUCAAUGGAAGUAGGUAGACUACUGGUUGAAAAAGGCGCCGCACUAGACAAGAAGAACGACAAAGGAGAGACGCCUCUUCACAUGGCUGCUUGCAUCGGGUCUUUCGAUGCUCUGAAGUUUCUGCUUUCCAAAGGUGUCGCAAUUGACGAGCGAGACUUCUCACAUAGAACCCCUUUCCUUUCCGCUGUUGCCGCCGGGAGAACAGAAAAUGCAAUGGUUCUUCUUGAAAAAGGAGCGGACAUAACCGCCAAUGAGUGCAACAUGAAAAACUGCCUUCAUCUUGCCGUGGAAGGGGAUAACUUGGAUACUCUCAAGACGUUACUAGAACAUACGGGAUGCGAGGAGAACCUUUAUACGCGAGAUAUCCAGGAAAGAGUUCCCCUGCACUACGCAUCAGAAAGCUGUAAUAUAAAGAUCCUGGAGGCAAUUGUGGCCAAACAAACACGCUUUGCUUUUCAAGAUGAAAACCAGAAGUCCCCGCUCCACCUGGCCUGCGCUGCUGGCCGCGCGCUUCACGUAGAGGCCUUGACUCGAGCGGGAUUAUCGACCAAUGAGCGGGACGAAGAAGGCCAAUCUGCCCUCCAUAUGGCGGCUCUCAGUGGCUUCAGGAAGGUGGUCACGCAGCUGUUGCGUUACGGUGCUGAUAUCAACGCUCGUGAUAGCAACCGCUGGACCCCUCUCAUGUGUGCCGCUAAGACAGGCUCAGUAAAGACGUGUAUGGAGUUACUGCAGAGCGGCGCUUCUAUUGAUGACGUCAAUGACCAAGGGGACACUGCAUUGCUGAUAGCUACAGCGCAUGGCCACGGGGACUUGGUCCUCCUACUACUAGACCAAGGCGCAUGCGCGAUCCACCGUAAUAACUCCGGUCUGGGCGUCAUAGAAAUCGCUGUCAAGCAUGAUGCGGUGUUAACCGUCAUCAAUACCUCGUGUUCACACGGCCGUUUCAAAGAAAUUCUGGAGCAAGAUAAUCAUUCUAUGAAGCUUCUUAUCAAGCACUGCCCUGAGGCGGCUAAGACAGUUCUUGACAGGGGCAUGGUUCGACCAGUGGAUAUCAGCCCGACUGACCAGAGUUACUGGGUCAAGUACGACUUCCGGUAUCUGGAUCCUGGUCCGGAUGAUCCAGCAGCCAUCAAAGGCAACAGAUAUUUCGGCCCGAGCACUAUGGUGGAAUACGACCGUACAGACCUUCUUCUUCACCCACUUACACAAAAGCUUCUCGACAAGAAAUGGUCAGCUUUUGGCCGAACAGCCUACCACCUGAGCUUCCUGGUCUACCUACUCUUUACCAUCUUCUACACGUACUUCAUAGUCGUAGAGCGAGCAGUAGCUAGCUUUAGUCCAACGGCAGAUUCCGCUAAUAGUACGAUCAGGCCCUUUGUCAAGCAACCAGGAAUUAACAAAGUUCUCCCUUUUAUUGUUCUCGUUUUCGCCUGCUGUCAGCUCCUGAAGGAAAUUUUCCAGAUGCUCUUCCAGCGAGGUCGCUACUUCACUCAGUUCAGUAAUCUUAUCGAGUGGACAUUGUAUGGCACUGCAGGGGCCUUCAUGGUUCCUUACGUUGCGCCCGAAUCGUGGACAAAAGAGAAUUUGGAAACGUUGAAAAAUCCAUACAAUCUGUGGAUUAUGGGUAUCAUCUCGAUUUUCCUAUGCUACAUGAAUCUCGUUCUCUUCCUUCGUCGACUCCAUUUCGUUGGAUUGCUUGUUGCAAUGUUCCUGGAAGUGCUGAAGUCCGUUUUGAAGGUUAUGUUGGUGUUCGCAAUCUUUAACUUGGCGUUUGCUAUCGUCUUCUACGUCUUGUUUAAAGAGCAGGGCUCCUUCGAAAACGUUGGAUUCGCGUACAUGAAAGUCUUCGUUAUGAUGAUUGGUGAGCUCGACUACUCAGGCACUUUCGUCGAUACCAUCGGAGCGAAAAGCUCAAGUGGAAACCCAACGAAUCCCUUCCCCCCUGUCGCCAUUGCAUUCUGUUUCUUGCUGUUGAUUUUCCUGACUAUCGCACUCAUGAAUCUUAUGGUUGGUAUCGCCGUAGGUGAUAUCGAGGCCAUUCGCCGCGACGCCACACUUAAGCGUCUUGCGAUGCAAGUUGAGUUUGUCGCUGAGAUAGAAGAGCGCUACCCUCGCUUCAUCGCGAGAAUUAUCUACCACCAGAAUUUAACCCUUUACCCCAACAAGAAGACCUGCAUGUCUAGGUUUAUGGACAAACUCAGAACAAUAUUGUCGACCGUCCCCGAAGAGAUUAUCCAGUCUGUAUCAGACGAAAGCGCUGAUAGCGCCAACAGCAAGGAUCAAGCGCUACGUAUAAAGGUCGCCAAAAGCAGCAAAAGACUCAAGGCACUCAUGACAGAGGUCGAGGCUCAAGGGGAACUUCUGAGGGCUAUUGCCUACAAGAUAGAUCCCAAGCUUGCGCGGAUGAUGCCCUCCAGGGAGCCCAUAAAUGUGCAAAUAGCCGAAGAUGAUGUUGAUGCUAAACCGGAUGAUAUUCAGUCAGAAAGCUGUUCGGCGGAUGACAUAGGCGAAAUUCGUUUUGCCGGACAUGUGAAUGAAAAGAUGUGAUCCUCGUCUUCCCUUUAUAUUACAAUUACAAGAAACCUUGUUCUUUUCUUUUUGUAUUAAGGUUUUUUUGUUUAACUCCCAGACAAAAUGAUACAACGCACUUAAUGAGUGUAACAGCUGUCGGGUCGCAAUGGAUUCAAGUAAUAGCAGUAUCUUAAUCUUGUUUUAUCAUUCUCAAUGCGUAUCCAUGCAUCGUAUAUUUUUGUAUUGUUCGCAUACGCCUAUUCUCAAAAUGACAACAACGCACUCAAUUAGAGUAACAGCUGUCGGGUCGCAAUGGAUUCUGGUAAUAGAAGUAUCUUAAUCUCCUUUUUUUAUUCUCAAUGCGUAUCCAUGCAUCGUAUAUUUUUUUUAUCAAUCGCCUUCGCCUAUUCUAAAAAAAAAACGCAUAGAUAGGAAAACAGGGCUUUGAAGGGCCAUAGCGAACCAGAGCUUUGUGAUUGUUAUAAUCCGAUAUUGAAAAAUGAAACUGGAAAUAACCAUCUUGAAUCAAAGUUUAGGCUAAGUUCAAACGUCGUAUCAUCCAUGAGCCGUAUUCAAUGCAAAUGCUUGCUAAUAAAGAUAAAACAAUCGACGUGAUUCAUAUCGUGCAUUUGCAUUGAAUGCGCUCAUGGAAAGGAUAUUACGACGUUUGAACUUAGCUUUAGUGGUAUCUCUUUCGAUAAUGUCACAAUGAUAGCUUUCCAAAAUGAGCCGAGGGAAAUGGAUGCCUUCUCGCACAUGUUAGCUAGGGUUGUCAAAUAAUAGUCAUAUCAGUCAUCUUGUUUGAAUUAAAACUGUCGUUUUUCUAGCUCGCUCGGUCAGCUCCUUAUUAGACACUACAUACCAUAUUUGGGAGUCCCUCUUCAAUCUUUUUUUUUUCCGCUUGUUUUUUCGUUCAAGAACUUUGAAAGUCCACGUAAACUUGCAGGAAUUCGUGUUUACUACGAUUUUCCUGGCAGCCAUCUUGAAAAUGGAGCCUAGUUUUAGAAUAUCACAGGUCUCCCGCGCUCACCCCAGGCUUCUUUAGACCAUUUAGAAAAACCACAGCAAUUAAUUGAUAUGCCUUUUUCCAUAUGAUGCUAUCACUGCGCACACAUCCCCACCCCGCAUGCGCGCCUCUAGGGUGUUAGUCUACUCUAGUAAUCCUCUCACUAAUUGAUGUAAAAAUGAUUCAAAAGCAUUGUAUCAUAAAUACGUUAAACUAUUAAAUUCGACAAAUAAGCACA